CAUGGAUAGAAAAGUGCUUCCCAUGGAUCCGUUUAGGGCGGAGAGCGGGUGGGAACCAGGAACUGGUGCAGAAGAAAUUCGAUUGAGAGUUGCAGCUGUGCGGGAUCAUCUUCUUUCCGAAUUUUAUGAAGCCACUAGGGCGAUGGUGAUUCUACCCGGGUGUGGUGAUCUACAAACAGCCGAAGGAGCAGCUCACGAGGAAUUGGGAGUUGCGCUGUAUCGUCUUAUGAGUGCAGUUCCCACCGGCUGGACUUGGUGGAAUUGGCGAACAACAGAAGCUGAAACAAUAUACCACUUCAUUCAAGAACUGCGAAUGGAGAUUUCGAUAUACAGAGACUGGGGUGUGAAAAUUUCUGCCGAGGAGCAUCGUUUCACCGAAAUGCUUAAAACUGUGCUUGAUAGAGCAGACAAGUUCUUGUCUGCUGGAAACACCAUCUUACAUGGCCAAGCUCAGGUAACGAAGGGAGGAAACACUCUACUGAAGUCUCUGAAUGCUGUUUCUUCUGAGGUGGUCCAGAUUUCUGGGAAAACUUCGCCCAAGCAAAGCAGUUACAUUACGAAUCGUCCUUGCCCAUUAUAUGGCGCGAACUGUGUCUGUGUACGCUUUCUUGGUUGCAUAAUGGAAGGUCCCAGUGUGCAAAACUAUAUCGCGGAUCCUUAUGAGUUAGGUGGCAUUUCUGAGAAGCCCAAACCCCAGUUACCAAAUACUUGCUCAGAUGAAUGCAAGGAUGUGCAUGGUCUAACUGGCGCUGAACCAGAAAAUCAAUGCGUGUUUUUGGCUUCGACUGACCCAAUCAACGUAGUGAAGUCUGGAGGAAUCGAUUGGGCACUUCUCACCCCGGUUUACUACAGAGGAACCUUUCAUCGGGCAGCUUCUGUUGUACAUCUCGAUGUGCCCCCGGCUCCAAUACACACAAGGAGGAUGGGUAUGAUGCGAGAUAUAUAUGCUAUUGAGGAUGUCGCAUGGUACAAAGAUCAGACUUCUUCUAUUGAACGUGAAGCAUCGUCGUUCAUCCAAUUUUCCGUGGAAACUUCACCCAAGGGAGGCGUUGACAUUAAGAUUGGUUCAUACAAAAUACAUGUGCCGAAAUAUGGAAGUGUACACCGCCCACUCGUUCAAAUGGUGCUCUUUGCUGACUCGCUGUAUGGUGCAACAUUAGCAUGUCUCAAAUCUAUUGUGCCCAAAGGCAUCGUUAAUCUUUAUGAAUCAGGUCGCAUUUCUCAGAAGCCCAUACCGCAGUCAACUAAUCCAAUUGUGGACGAUCUCACUCACGCUGAACCGGAAAAUUAUGUCACUACUGAUUAUGUCGACCGUCGCAUCUGUGGCAAUAUUGAGGCAGAGGGGAAAACCGCAGCUACCUGGCUGAUUGAUACCGGCGCUGUGCACCACGCAACAGGAAAGCUUUCACUCAUGUCUGACGUAACAACUGAAGCUGAUGAUGAUCUCUUCAUGACGGCGCGGGAUGGUGUUCGCAUGCGGGUCCAUGCCCAAGGCUCUGUGAUAACCGAUACGGUGGUUCUCCCGGACGUGUGGUACAUCCCAGGCCUCACCAAGAACGUUGUCUCAGCUUCCCAGCUCAAUCAGCUCGGCUACAGCAUCGGGUUUACCCGCGGCACAUGCUUCAUCAGGAGUGCUACUGAUGGCACACUCAUUGGCAAAGGGCAUGUUUCAGAAGAUGGGCUCUUUGAGACGGACUUCCUCAAAGUCAGUUAGAGCAUCAACUCCUUGGCGACACUAUAUCAUUGAAUACUUGAUAAUAAAAGGCCUCUCUG